UGAACCACAAUCCUACGUGCGAGUCCGUCGAGUAUGGACGUACAACAAGGCAAAGGCCAGUACAAAAAGUUAAAGCAGCAGAGUUACUUGUUAUUACAAGCCCAAGUGCAGUGCACUACCGCGAGGACAGUUUGUUAAUCGGAACAAUAGGGGAAGGAAAACGUAAGCUGAAGGUGUGAUGGGAACGCGAAGAGAAGUGAUUUAAAGAAAAACAAUUUGCGUAAUAGCACAUGCAAAAGAGGAGCCGAGAACUUUGGGGGUGUAAAAAUAUCAAGGAAAGAUGAGAAAAGUGUCCAAAGCGGCUGUGAUUGAGUGAAAACAGACAUUGAAACAGCUCGGUGAAAAGCGAACAACACGGAGCCAGAGAUAAGGGUUCAACAAACGAAGUAUAAUCUACAUCUGUGCGACACAAACAAAACCGGAGAGUUACGUACGCGCCUCUAACGAGAGGGGGGCUAUUUCGGUCAAUAAAAGUUGAUAAAAGGUACAUAAAUUGAGCACAAUUGUGCUUUGUGACCGUGGGUGGUGAGCUGAAUAAAAGUACAAAAAUGUGGUGCUUGGUCAAUCUACCGAACGGAACCACUUCCGGGGUCCAGUGCGACCCCAAGAAGAACAGCCAGGAGUGCCUGGAGAAGGUUUGCAAUGAUCUCGGCAUUAUCUGUGAGACUGACUACUUCGGGCUGAUCCCGGUCCGCGAUGCUGAAGCUGCCGAAGGGGACGAGUGCAGCGCCAAGCAGUGGAUCAACCUGCGGAAUCCGUUGAGUCUUCACGCCAACGAUCGCAGCCACCCGAUACUGCUGUCACUGCGGGUCAAGUUCUGGGUUCCGGCCCAUCUGAUCUUGCAGGACAGCGUGCGGCGGUUGUUCUACAUGCAAGCUCGUCAGGAACUCCUGGACGGUCAUAUCAGCACAUCCAGCUGGGCUACCGCUGCACACCUCACUGCAUUGUUACUGCAAGCCGAUGGCUACAGCUAUGACCCGGAAAAGGUUCCGGCGAAUCUCAACGUCAUGGAGCGAGCUAGUCUAACCGGUACGAUCGAUCGUCGACAGCUGCGACGACCUUCCAAGCGCAAGUGUUCCGAAACGGACAUCAAGCGAGCGAGCAUUGCCUCUUCAGUCACGCUAGAAGACGCUACCGUCGAAACGAAACCAAAGAACAUCUACCAAGAGUACAUCAUAAGGCCAAAAUUCGAAGAUGUGGAGCCCGAGCCGAUCCCGGAUAACUUCAUCCAAAUGGUGGCGAAGGAGCAUGAAACGCUCUUCAAAAUCAAGAUGACCGCAUCGUCGGCCCAGUACUGGGUCCUGGAAGAGAUCUCAUCCCUCAACGGGUACGGCGAAGAAGUGUUCGAAGGAGUUACCAUCAGCGAACCGUCCGUUCGCUGCAAGAUCGACGUCAACCCGCAUGGACUCAAGAUCUCCAAAGGGGACGAAAAGUUCAAUGUCCCAUUCCCUGCCAUGAAGGCGGCCAAGGCCAUCAAGCGAUCGAUCCGGCUAACCUACAUGAACGAAGAGCACGAAGAGGUGAAUCUGGAGCUGAAGCUGCCCAACCACCGGACAGCGGCCUCCCUGUACCGGGUAGUCACGGAGAAGCAAUCGUUCUACUGCUGCGAAACGGUUCGCCCCAUCGUCACGACCCAGUUCAUCCGCGACUUCAAGGGCACGAUCGUGUCCAUGUUCAACGAGGAUACCGAACUCGGCAAGCGGUACGUCUUCGACAUUCAGCGGACGUGCCGCGAGGUGUACGACAACGCCCGGAGAACCCUACACUCGCGUGGAAUCGAAAUCACCAAAGUACAACAGGAAUGUCCCCAGGUGCAAGCCGAAAAGCUCGAUCAACAGCUCAGCCAAGAAGCGGCCGAGUCCAACAAGCUCGAACGACUCGUCGAGGAGCGAAUACUGGAAGCGGUGACCUGCAUCAUCUGCGUCGACAACCAGAUGGAAACCAUGUUCCUUCCUUGUGGACACAUCGCCGCCUGCAGGCAGUGCGCCGAACAAUGUGAUCGCUGCCCCCUGUGUCGGGCCAACAUCGAGUGCGUUCAGAAAGCAUUUCUACCACCAGUGCUGCGAACGAGGCGGCAAUCGUCGUCGGCGCAAGCCGCCGUCGCCGUCGCCGUCGCCUAAAACCGCUGUAACCACAUUACCAUUAGCUUUAACACACCCUAACUAAACUAACCUCUCUCUAGUUGCGGUUAAAACCACACUCUUUUACCACUGAAUGCGAUCGGGCACGGUCGCACAACUUGAAGCAUGUUCUAACCAAGCGUUAGCAUUACGUUUUAAUUUUAACUCGUAAGAAGUUCUUAAGAAAAAUGCAAGCAAAGUGAUAUUUACCUUUAAGUUUCCCUUUUUUAAGUGACUAAGUUACACAAAACUACACACACACACUAUUCUGCUUCAGUGCAUGAAGUUAUAAUGCUAAGGACAAAUAUAUCAACAACAAAAA